GUCGUUGCUCUAUGCCUUCAUGUGUUGGUGGCAUGCGCGUAUCCGUCGCCUAUAGUCCUCUCGCUCUCGGGCGCGCUUUCCUUUCGGCCUCACGGACAGUAUGGCGCAUGCGCACACCGGAACACAAUGUUGAGCAAAACGGACUAGAGCAGAGACGGAAAGACGUGCAAGAAAUCGCAAACAUUUUUUUCUCCCUAGUGAAGUAAACGACUGUCGACUUAGAAUAUAUAUAUACUUCUAAAAAACAUGACGGAGCCCCAAUCAGCACUGUUACUCAGGAGACAGCUAGCAGAAUUGAACAAAAAUCCCGUGGAAGGAUUCUCCGCUGGUUUGAUAGAUGAUAAUGACCUCUACAGGUGGGAAGUGCUAAUAAUCGGUCCUCCUGAUACACUCUAUGAGGGUGGUGUCUUUAAAGCUCAUCUAACGUUUCCCAAAGACUAUCCUCUCAGGCCUCCUAAAAUGAAGUUCAUAACGGAAAUUUGGCAUCCAAAUGUUGACAAGAACGGUGACGUUUGUAUUUCAAUAUUACACGAACCGGGUGAGGAUAAAUACGGCUAUGAGAAACCAGAGGAACGCUGGCUACCCAUUCACACUGUAGAGACCAUCAUGAUUAGCGUCAUCUCUAUGCUAGCAGACCCUAACGGAGACUCUCCUGCCAACGUUGAUGCAGCAAAAGAGUGGAGGGAAGACAGACAUGGUGAAUUCAAAAGAAAAGUUGCCCGCUGUGUAAGAAAGAGCCAAGAAACAGCCUUCGAGUGAUAUUCAUCCAGCAGCUUGUAGCUUCACUAUUUUCAGGGUCUCCAGUUGAGAAACAACAUGGCACUGUUUUCUUGCACUCUACCACCCUAUUGCUGGACUGGUUUUCAUCGAUUGUUGGCAGUAACAGGCUGGCAUUAAUAGGCUGCAGCAG